AUGCACCUCCGCGGGGCGUUUAUGGAAUUUGGCAAGCCAGUGGACUGGACAGGGUUGCCUGCCGUGGCAUUCAAUGGGGUCCGCCCCAAUGCUCAGCCCACCUGUGGGCGUGGGACAAAGGUGAAGAAGGACAUCAAAAUCCACGGCCACUUUUGUGUCUUCGCAAAGAAGGUCGGAACACUAAAGGUGGCGACUUCGGGCUAUGAGCCGUGGUGGGAUUAUCCUGUGAAGGGAUGGUGGCUGGACAACUUCUUGUCGGAGCACAAGAUGGCUCAUGGUGUUUAUCUGCAGUAUGCGUUGGGGGCUCAUGGUAGCUAUGUGCAUGCGGGCUCUCAGAACAGCUGCUUGAUCAGUAUCCUUACGCGGUUUGCUCUACAGGUUGCUACUCAGGUGCACAUGGGUUUGCAGACUGUUCGCAUGCACGAGCAAGCCCGGCGAUGCUCCCAGCUGGUCCUGACAUGUUACAAGACCUGUUGGCCACGGACCGGCAAAGGCACAUUGGCCAAAGGGAAGCUUUUUCGGCUGGGGCACGUCUCGCUUGUGCCCACGCUUGAGCAACUUGGACCGGGUGUCAGACUGUGGUCUGACGCAGUCGGCGUCACGAAUGAGACCGAGAACUUCACCGGGCAAGACAGACACAUGCUCCAUGAACGCACGGUGAGAAAUCUUGCCAAUGAUCUUGCCCAGAUGCACCAUGCUCAACGUGCUAAGGCCUACUGCGACCUUAUCCGCUUCCUAGGGGUGCUCUUCGCUGACCUGAUGCGAGCAAUGGCCAGAGCGGAGGAGAUUGUGGAUGAAGAAGUGCUCCUCCAGACCUCGGUGAUGACAUUGAACGUUGCGAGCAGUCAGUCUUAA